AUAUCAUCAGUUGUUGACAUUUUUUUUUGUAGAAACUUUCCAUUUCGCGUUUCGUCCACGUCCGGAAAAAUGUCAACACACAAAAAGAAGACCAGAAAGUUGAGAGGACAUGUAAGUCAUGGACAUGGACGAAUAGGCAAACAUCGUAAGCAUCCUGGUGGUCGUGGUAAUGCUGGUGGUAUGCAUCAUCAUAGAAUCAACUUUGAUAAAUACCAUCCAGGUUAUUUUGGUAAAGUAGGUAUGAGGAAUUUCCAUCUUAAAAAGAACCAAAAGUACAUGCCAAUCAUUAACAUAGAUAAAUUGUGGUCUCUGGUUUCUGAAAAGACAAGGGAGCAGUACAAAAACCAUCCUGAGGGAAAAGCCCCAGUCAUUGAUGUUGUUAAUGCUGGUUACUACAAGGUCUUAGGUAAAGGAAGACUGCCCAGACAACCUGUUAUUGUGAAAGCUAGGUUUUUCAGCAGAGAAGCUGAAGCAAAGAUCAAGUCUGUAGGAGGCGCAUGCAUUCUAACAGCAUAGUGUUGAUGUAAAAAAAAUAAAAAGAAAAAAAGACUAAA